AUGUAUUGGAGACAAAAUUGGCGACAAGAGCCAUAUGAUUCUUGUAGGGAUAUGUUCUUACCAGAGGGAAUGUUAGUCUCCAAUAAUUAUGAUAACCCAGUACAUUAUAUUCAAAAUGCGAUUUAUCGACAAUUUUGCUAUUUGGGCUCAACUCCCAUGAUGAAUACAAAUACAGGAAUGGUUAUAGAAAAAUUCUCCGAGCCACUACCAUUAGUACGAGAGUCAUGGAAUGAAUUUACUCAGCAUAGUUUAAGAGGCCACUUUUCCUACAGUGUUGUACCGAUAGUGUAUGCCAUAUCUGUUCUGGCUGUAAUAAUAUGGUUUCUUACAAUCUUUGUGUUUACCAACUACAGUAUCAAACCAUCGAUGCUAUUAAAAGCAUCAAGUCUACUAUCAUCAGUUUACAUUCUCGUAGUUAUUGUCAAAUCUAUUGUGAUUUUGCAUAACCAACAACGAAAUGCAUUCCUUCAUGGUGCCAAACUAUUAACCGAACUCAACACCAACAAGGCAAUAAAUAUCAUAGACGUUAUUAUUAUACUUUUACUUCAAAUCAAUCAAGUGCAGGUCAUUAUGAGAUUCUUUCUGAGGCAAAGUGAUAAGAGAUUGACCUUUUACGUUGGUGUCAUUGCAUCAAUAACUUCUCAAACCAUUUGGGGAGUAUCGAUAUUUCACAGGUUCAGGCUGGAUGAUGAAGCAGGUGAUAUUCUUCCGGCAUUUAUUUAUUUGGUUAGAAUCGCCAUGGGGCUAUGUUAUGCUGCCAUUAUUACUGUAUUCUUUGCCACCAAGUAUAAAUUUAUUAUUGCAAAUAAAAGUAUUUGGUUGUUGACCUUGUUAACUGUGAUUUUAAUUUACAGUCCUGUUGCAUUCUUCAUUACUGAUGUGUCCAAUGCCUUUAUUUAUGAAUUAUCAGAUAUAUUCUCUGUGGUUACAUAUAUGAUCUGUGUGGUUAUACCCUGGGAAUGGUGUAAUAAGUUUAAUUUACUUAUGAAAAUGAAAGAAAAAGAAGGUGUUCUUGGCCGACGGUUUUACGAAGAUGAAGUAUACGAGUUAGACAGGUUUGAGUUGUUUGUUGAAGAGUUGGUACAUGACUCUGAUGACGACAAUGGAGGAGAGGGCCAACAAACGUUUAUUAGUGCUGAAACGGAAAGUCGACAAGCCAGUUCUUCACGGCCACUAUUAAACCAAAGUGUUCAACCUUCGCCUCAAAAGAGUGGAGGGGAUGUGGCCGUAACUGAAGCUAAUGAUGAAAGUACGAAAUCUGCAAAGGUGAUCCUGGCUCUUCAGAAAUCAAAGAAUAUCUUUUUAACAUUUACAGAUAGUAUAAUUGCUGCUGGUUUUGCAAUUCCUAGAUCUGUGAGUGUUUCCACACAGACGAUAGCUGCGCGAAUUCGUGAUGGUGAAAUAGUUCCUCAAUUGAAAGAACCAGUUUUUAACUCGAGAUCGAUAUCAGGAGUACUUGAAUCAAGCUCGAGAGUAACAGCAGCAGCAGCAGCAGCAGCAGCAGCACCUGUACCCCAGCCUAGUAGUUCUGAAGAUGUAAGCCCGUUACAGCAUACAACUACUAGAAACAGGAGAAAUGUUUAUGUAUACACUAGAAAAGAAGUCGUUUUAGAUCAAGAUGAUUAUGACGAAUAG